AAAAGAGAGAAAGAGAAAUUCUCCAAGUCACAGCGAUUCCAAAAUUUGUUACUUUACGAUUUUAGUCGUUGGCUAUUCUUCAUUCUAUUUCUAUCUCGUGUGAUUAAAUUUUGACCGUUAAGAAAGAUGGCUGCUUCGUCACCGUCUCUGACUAACAAUGGUCUCUCCGCUGCCGUCACGCCUCCCGCGAAUCUCCGUGGUCGUAACAAACCCAAGUGUAUCCAAUGCGGCAACACGGCUCGCUCCAGAUGCCCCUUUGAAUCUUGUAAGGGUUGCUGCUCAAGAGCAGAGAACCCCUGCCCAAUUCACGUUCUUAAGGGAGUUGCAACUUCUGCUGAGAAAACAGCGCCAAGUACUCCAUCAUCAGAGCACAAAGCUUCCGAGGGCACUCCCGGGAGUACAACUAGAGUUUCAUCAUCAAUCCGCCACAACUUUGCUCAGUUUAAUAACCUAAAUGCUGCUGCUCGCAAGAGAAAGCCUUUGACGAUAAAGGAUGCUCAAGCUUUAAAUGAAUGGCGGUUUACAAAACUGAAAGAGUACAGAGACAGAAACAUCGAAGUGGAGAAUGAAGCUUUUGAUCGAUACAUGAGUAAUGUGAAUUUACUCGAAGAAGUAUUUUCAUUGGCAUCUGUUCCCGAAGAGCAUCCCGGAGCAGCAGCGUCUGAGCAAAACAGUUGGGAAAGAACUGUUUCAGAGCUUAAACUUAGGCUGAGAUCAAACUCCGCUAGAACAGAGAGUUUCAAGAAGCGGAUCACAGAGACUGUCAAAGCUGGUUUUGUCAAGCUCCACAAACGGGGUGGUAAAUCAGAUUGUCAAGAUGAAAUAAAAAGACUGAUCAAAAGACGUAAAUGGGAAGAGAAGACUUCAGCUUUGAAUGAAUUAAUCGACAAACUGAACAAAGCAAGAACCGAAGAGGAUCUCAAAUCUUGCAUAGAGAUGAAAACCAAGCUCUAUGGUCAAGCUUCUUGCAGCUCAGCGUCUGAACAAAACAGGAUUUUCCCUGCUUAUGUCCGAACAGUCGAUGUCAGCGAAGAAGCAUUUCAAGAAACCGGCGAGCAACUCCGAUCUUUUGACCAAAUUAUAACUUUGUGAUUGAGCCAAGAACAUACAUUAAAGAACAUCAUGUCGAUGAACUUGAAAUCUUAGGGAAGAGAUCGUAUCUUUCCUCAAAAACAACAUUUCAAUACCAUAGAUUAUAGAGAAAAUUACUAGAAUAGUGUAGAAAAUUUGGUAUAUAACUAUAAUGAUUUACAUUUUCUAAAAAUUACUAUAAUGUUUU